GCUUACAGUAUCAGCUAGCCAACUACGUCCUUACUACUUUCGUUUGUCUUCCAAGCAGUUCACCGUCUGUAAAGGUUUACUUAGUGGCCUCCAAUGAUAAACUGGUGAAGAUCCAUGCGUGUUAAUCCCACUCCUGCUAUAUUAUUAAUUUUGUGGAUAAACAUGGCGCAGCUGGGUGGACAAGAAGAAAAAGAAAAAACUACAGCCCUUAAAGAUUUGUUAUCCCGGAUAGACCUAGACGAGCUCAUGAAGAAAGACGAGCCUCCGCUCAAUUUCCCCAAGACCCUCGAAGAGUUCGAGUACGCCUUCAAUGACCAGGGACAACUGAGGCACAUUAAGACCGGAGAACCAUUUGUGUUCAAUUACCGGGAGGACUUGCACAGGUGGAACCAAAAGCGAUAUGAGGCGCUGGGAGAGAUCAUCACGCAAUACGUUUAUGAAUUGCUGGAGAAAGAAUGCAACAUGACUAAAAAAAUACUUCCAGUGGAUGCCACAGAGGAUGAACCCAAGAGCUUCAUCUACCUGAGCGAGGACGCGCUGACCAACCCGGACAAACUGCUGGUUCUGAUCCAGGGGAGCGGCGUGGUGCGGGCCGGCCAGUGGGCCCGCCGGCUCAUCAUUAACGAGGACAUGAACAGCGGCUCACAGAUCCCCUUCAUCACCCGGGCUAUGGAGGAGGGCUACGGAGUCAUCGUGCUCAACCCCAAUGAGAACUACAUGGAGGUGGAGAAGCCGCCCAAGCCCAGCCCGCCACAGCCCUCGCCCGACGGCUCGGACGAGCCCGCCGAGAAGAGGGAGCGCCGCGACGACAAGGAGCCCAAGAAGAAGCGGGACUUCUACGAGAAGUACCGCAACCCGCAGAAGGAGAAGGAGACGGAGCAGAUCCCCAUAAGGGAGAAUGGGUCACCAGAGGAACACGCCAUCUACGUGUGGGACAACUUCGUGUCGAAAUCGGUCGCCAAGAACGUGUUCUUCGUUGCGCACAGCUACGGCGGCUUGUCGUUUGUGGAGCUGAUGAUCCACAGGGAGGCGGAGGUGAAGAACCGGGUCUGUGCCGUGGCUCUGACCGACUCGGUCCACAAUGUCUGGCACCAGGAGGCGGGGAAGUCCAUCCUGGAAUGGAUGCAGGAGCACUGCUGUAACUGGGUGUCGAGCGCCGAGCCCUUGGAUACUCCGGUGGAGACCAUGUUACCAGACUGCCCACGCUUCUCGGCAGGUACGGAGCGGCACGAGCUGACUUCCUGGAGAAGUUUCCACUCCAUAUUCAAGUUCUUCGACGACGCCCUCCUCGCUCAGGACUGUGACGCCAAACCUUCCGCUACUGUAACCACACGCAGCUCCAACAGAAAUAAACAUGAAGAGUUUUAGAACAAGAA